CAAAAGGUUCUCUAUUCGAGAAACGUGUUUUAGAGGAAUUACGAAAAAUGAAUUUGUUCGUCCGUCGUACUAAAAAGGUUGGAAAAGAAGAAAUCAAGGAGUUGGAAGGAACUCUUUCUAGAUACAACAAAAAUGAAGCCUUAGGAAUUUUUGUCGUGUCUAGAAGGAAUGGGUACUCCAAAAAAGCGUUAUCGUACAUGAGGGGUUCACCAUAUAAGUUACUUCUGACCAACCUUCAAGAUCUACGAUAUGAUCUUGCGAACUUUUCUUUUGAGAAAGUUGUUAAUACUUCAAAAAAUAAAAAAUCGGAAAUGGAAUAG